AUGUCCUUUAAAAUUGCAUGCAUUCAAUUAGCUGUUUCAUCAGAUAAAUCUAAAAAUCUUAUAAAUGCUAAAAAUAAAAUUCUGGAAGCUUCGAAAAAUGGAGCAAAGAUAAUUUGUCUACCGGAAUGUUUUAAUUCAUUAUAUGGUACUAAAUAUUUUGCUCAAUAUGCUGAAAAUAUUCCUAAUGGUGAGAGUGAAUCUAAGGCCUACAUUAUUGGAGGAUCCAUUCCAGAACGUGAAGACUCUACUGGAAAAAUGUAUAAUACUUGUACUGUUUAUGAUCCGGAAGGUUCUAUGAUUGCAAAGCAUCGAAAAGUUCAUUUAUUUGAUAUUGACAUUCCUGGCAAAAUUACAUUCAAAGAGAGUGAUUCUCUAAGUGCUGGAAAUUCUCUAACACAUUUUGAUACUAAAUUUGGUAAGAUCGGAGUAGGAAUAUGUUACGACAUAAGGUUUCCAGAAAUGGCCAUGAUUGCUGCUCAAGAAGGAUGUAUUGCAAUGUUUUAUCCGGGAGCUUUUAACAUGACUACAGGUCCCUUACAUUGGGAACUUUUACAAAGGGCAAGGGCGCUUGAUAACCAGUUUUACGUGGCAACCUGUUCUCCUGCCCGUGAUAUGAGUGCAACCUAUAACGCAUGGGGUCAUUCAACCGUUGUGAACCCCAGUGGCACUGUGAUUGCAACUACCGAUCAUGAAGAAUCGAUUGUUUACGCGGAUAUUGAUUUAGAUGAGAUGAAAUCAUCUCGUCAAUCUAUUCCAACAACUUUACAAAAACGAUAUGAUCUUUACACUAAAGUUACUUCGAUUACAUCAGGUUCUAAUUGA